CAAUUCCCCACGAUUUAUCACCUAAAUCGACUCGGAAGCAAAAUCACCUAACCCUACAAAACACUAGGCACAUUAUCGGCGAAGAGGGUCACGGCUGGGCAUCGAAAUCGACUUCAAAUCUCAACUUGUGAAGCGCGAUUUGUGUACCGUCUUCUCCAACCAUGGUGGAAACAAGAUCUUCAGGAAACUCGCCUCAUGACGGAAAAGUCUAUCAACAGAAUACUGGGAAGCAGAAGGCACCCCCAAAACCUAAGGAAUGGAAAGCGAAUUCAGAAGCAACUACCGGAGGGAUGGAACCGGCAUCUACUGUAGUCACUGUUGAAAAAGAUGCAGUACCACCUCCAAAUGUCAUUGCUGAAGGAGAAAAAAUUAAAGGGACGGGUGUAGCUGCUACCAUUUCUGGAAAAGAUGCGUUGAUAGGGGAUGCAAACACAACUACAAAUGGGAAAGAAGUGGAAGCAAACGUAAUGAAUGCUGCAAAGGGUUAUAAAUUUACAUUUUUUUGUUGCACACUUUGAAAAUUAAUUUUAUGUAAACAAAUAAGUUAGAACAU